AUGUCUGACAAAUUACCAAUGGCAAAAAAGAGUAUAACAUUGUUUGAUUCAAUGGAUAAUACUGGAAGGUAUAUGCUUAAUGUAGGUGCACCUGGACCUGAAGCUUUAAGAGAAGUUACUGAUAUAAUGAAACUUGCAACUGAAAUAAGAUUAACAGAGGAACUUGAUGAUGGAUGUUCUUUAUUACAAUAUGGUGAUCCUAAUGGUGAUCAUAGGUGUAUAGUUGCUUUGGCUGAAUUUUUAACAAACCAAUAUAAAGUACCUGUAUUAGAAAAACAUCUUGUUGUCAAUGCCGGUGCCACAUCAGGUCUUUUUUAUUUACUUACACAGAUGUUUCCCGAAAAAUGUACAAUAUAUGUCGAGGAAUUAACAUAUUUUAUUGCAAUAAAGCUUUUAUCUUCUUUGAAAUAUCCGCUUGAACCUGUUCAAGUGGAAUGCGAUGGCAUUAAUCUUGAUCAUCUUGCUGAAGUUUGGGAAAGAGAUUUAAGUUAUAAAGCAUCAACAAUACAAGAGAUUGGCGUAUAUACAGCGGUACUUUAUUUGAUUCCACAUUUUCAUAAUCCAACAGGUGCAGUUCUUGCUAAAGACAAAAGUGAAAGAUUGAUUAAAUUAGCACGUCAUUAUAAAGUACUUGUCAUUUGCGAUGAUGUUUACAAUCUCCUUUAUUAUAGUGAAAAAGUUCCAUCGCGUCUAUUUGAAUUUGAUAAAAUAACUGAUUCUGAUUAUCAUACGGGAACUGUUGUAUCAAAUGGUACUUUCUCAAAGUUAUUAUCUCCAGGAUUACGCGUAGGUUGGAUGGAAUUACCAACAUUAAUCAAAGAAAAAUAUUGGACAAAAAGUCCAUUACUAAAUUCGGGGGGUAACUUAAAUACUUAUACAAGCGGGAUUAUAGCUAUUGCAUUGGAAAAAAACUGGGUAUCAAGAUUUGUAGAAAAGGUUAAAAAAGAAAACGGUGAAAAAAUGAGAAUAUUAGUAAAAACUUGCAAAGAAAAACUUAGCAAAGAUUUUAAAUUUUUUCAUGAACCAACCGGUGGAUAUUUUGCCCUUUUACUUGUUCCAUUAAGAAUAGAUGCAAAAAAAUUAAUUGCUUACCUUCGAUUUGAGUAUGAUAUACGAAUUCAUGAUGGAUCAAGAUUUUUUAGUGGUAUAAAUGAUGAAAAUAAUUUACGAACACAAAAACUUUGUAAUUCUAUUCGAAUUUCAAUUGCAUAUCCACAGAUAAAUGAUGUUAGAGAAGGUGUUGAAUUGAUGUGUGAAGGAAUUAAAGCAUUUGAAAAUGAUAUUAAUUAUUGUCGAUAA